CGUGAGGCUCUCAGAGGCAGAAACAAGGCAGUCAGAGACAAAACAAACCGGAAUUUAUCACCUCCUGCAGUGUGGGUUUCACACACACACAUCCCGGCAGUGGGGUCACCGGCCGACCCGGAGAGAGGGGGGGACACUGGGGGACCAGCAUCAGACCUGCAAGUUCACCUCACAUUCAGAUGAACUUUGAGAGAGACGCUUCCAUCCUCGCCGGGAUUCCUGCAGGAACUACCGGCGCAGCUUUACGCGCAGCUUUACGCACGACGCGCCUGCACGAACUUCCACUGCGGGCCCUGCAGCCCGUGACCUCCGGGAUGCUGGGAAUAUCUUCACCAGGCACCGAGGGGAGCUGUUUCCUCUGAGUGCAGGGACUAGUGCGCUUGCAGAGGUGAAGCGAGGACAAGACGGCUUGUCCAAAUCCAGCGGGCUCGAGUUUCAUCCGCGCCGCGGGGGCUCCUGGGAUCAGAUCUGACCUGGAAUAAGUUGUCAACAAGAGCGGGCGAGCGGAGCUGGCAGGUGGACAAGUUAAUUUACAUGCACAUCCACGUCCCUAUAUAUAGAAGUCUUCUCAGGACCGAGCAGCCUUAAUAUAUUAAGGUUCCCCUCCCACAGCCCCCUGCACGCACGCACCGGGGGCGUGUGCGUGCGCCUAUAUAUAUAUACCCCGUGCAGGCUCGGGUCCCUCCUCGCAACCUGUAUCCGAGAGGGCGUCCCGCGGCCGGCCUGGGUGUGAGGGGAGUCGGCGCAUGGACUGACAUGGCCGCAGACCUCGCCAUGAGCGCGGAGCUGCCCAGCAGCCCGCUGGCCAUCGAGUACGUCAACGACUUCGACCUGAUGAAGUUCGAGGUGAAGAAGGAGCCGCCGGAGGCCGAGCGCUACUGCCACCGCCUCCCGUCCGGGUCCCUGUCCUCCACGCCCAUCAGCACCCCGUGCUCCUCCGUGCCGUCCUCGCCCAGCUUCUGCGCGCCGAGCCCGGGCGCGCAGCCGGGCCAGGGGGGCGCGCCCCCCGGCGGAGGCUCCGGGGGGGGAACCAGCACCACCAGCAGCGGAAACAACAACCACGGAGGCAGCGGGGGGAAGCCGCAGCUGGAGGACCUGUACUGGAUCCCCAGCUACCAGCACCACAUCAACCCGGAGGCGCUGCAGCUGACGCCCGAGGACGCGGUGGAGGCCCUGAUCGGGAACGCGCACCACCACCACCACCACCAGGCCUACGAGGGCUUCCGCGGGCAGCAGUACGUGCACGGGGAGGACCUGUCUGCGGCCUCGGGGGGGGCGCACCCGCACCCGCACCACCACCACCACGGGCACCACCACCACCACCACGGCCACGGCCACGGGCACCACGUCCGCCUGGAGGACCGCUUCUCGGACGAGCAGCUGGUCAGCAUGACGGUGCGGGAGCUGAACCGGCAGCUGCGCGGCUUCAGCAAGGAGGAGGUGAUCCGCCUCAAGCAGAAGCGGCGCACGCUCAAGAACCGCGGGUACGCGCAGUCGUGCCGCUUCAAGCGGGUGCAGCAGAGGCACAUGCUGGAGACGGAGAAGUGCAGCCUGCAGAACCAGGUGGAGCAGCUGAAGCAGGACGUGGCGCGCCUCGCCAAGGAGCGAGACCUGUACAAGGAGAAGUACGAGAAGCUGGCCGGCCGCGGCUUCGGCGGGGGCGCACGGGACCCGGCCGGGAAGCAGGCCAACCCCGACUUCUUCAUGUGAGAGACUCGGACUGACUGAUUCCCCCCCCCCC